UCGAUGGGCUUAAGAGGAAAACAAUAACAUUAAAUCAUAUUUUAUCAGUAAAAAUAGUGAAGAACACAGUUUAAUUCAAAUUUAAGCAAUAAUACUUGUGGGUUAGUAACAAUGACCACUAGUAUGAUAAAUUUAGAUGCACGUGAUUCAAUAAUCACUGAUAAUGCUACAGGUUCUGAAGAAGAUCAAUCCUUCGAUUCACAGCUGGAUAAAAAAAUGCACACCAGUCCGGAAGUGGUUUAUUUCGGUGAUCUUUUCGAUACUGCCACAACAGAGCCUACUCCUAUUGAACCCGGAAAAGAACUUUUCGUUUGUGAGGUGUGUUCUAAACAUUUCGAGGAUCAAAAAAAGUUGAUACGACACCGGAAAAUUCAUUCCCACCGGAGAUUAAAGUGCGAAUACUGUGGAGUGUAUUUGAAAUCUAAAUCAAGCUAUAGUUCUCAUAUCCAAAGACAUAAAAAUGGUCGUCAAUUUGAAUGCGACAUGUGCGGAAAAUGUUUUUCUGAUAGACGGGACUUGCGAGCUCAUACUAUGGUGCACGAUCCACAGGCGGAACGUUUUCGAUGUUUUACCUGUGGGAAGGACUUCGGCCGAAUCUAUUACCUGUGGGAUCACCAAAAACUGCACAGUGGAGAGGCAAAUUUUAGUUGUCCUAAUUGUAAAAAGAUAUUUUCGAACAGACGAUCUUUGUUGCUACAUGAGCGAUCGCAUUUACUGGAAGAGGAUAUGUUCAAAUAAAUGGCCCACAUUCAAUA